AUGAAUCUACUUCCUGAUGAAAUUAUUCUUCACAUUCUCCAUUUCAUUCCCGACCAUGAAUGUUUCCAUUCGACAUGUUUCACCCGAAAGAAUUGGGUUCUCAAUAUUUGGCCCAAACGUAAACAAGUACUCUCUUUAAAUCAUCUUUCCGAAUUGGAUCGUUAUUUACAUUCCGUAAAAAGUGUUUCAUCAUCUUCAAAAACAAAAAUUGCAAACAUUGGAUCCACUGCCGGCUCCAUCAACGCAUCAGCCACUGCACCACACAUUGAAGAGAAGAAAGUCAAAAUUAUUGUUUUAUUCGACGCUUUUGAAAAGUUUACAAAUUUAAAACAAAUUUCACUUGUAAAUUGUGGCUUGAAUGAUUCCAUUUUAGAAAAGAUUUGUACCAAUUUUAAGCGAAAAUUGAUAACCUUGAAUAUAUCAAAGAAUAAGAACUUGACGUGGAAUAAUACUCAACGGUGUAUCAUGCUGUGUGAAAAUUUAAAGAAAUUGGACUUGUCGUAUAAUUUUCAGUCUUCCAAUAUGUCACAACAAACAUUGGGAGGAGCCUCAAGCAAUGGUAGUGACAACAGCACUAUGAGCGACUUAUGGGUACAAACCGUUCAAUUCCCAAAGAGUGUCGAAUGGGUCAAUGUUUCUGGAUUUUUAAAUCAAAUUCCAAACUUUGAACUGUUAUACAUUUUGAUUGAACGAUUUUCUGAGAAGACGUUUUUAAAAAACAACCCAUUUGAAGGCGUACAAAUUCCAUACAUUCGUGCCUUUGCUGCCAAUCAUUUAACAGACAUUUCCAUCAUCAAGCCAGAAAAGUGUCAAAAAUUAAUGAGCAUUUCCAUUCCCUCACUCGUAGAAAUGUAUCAUCAUUGCUUUUUAUAUUUGAAAUCAGCGGCGUUUUCUAUCAUUUAUGAUGCUUUACAUUUUUAUCCAAGUGAAGAUUUAAUUUAUGAAUGUAUUCUGAAAGGUCAUGUUCGAGUGUUGGAGUUACUCGCUUCUGUGGACUAUGUGAUUGAUAACACUCCCAUUGAUGUGAUUGAAGAAUCGAUUUUGAAUGGAAAUUCUUCUCUUGUUUCUAAACUACGAGUGUUGAAUUAUCACUAUUUUAAUGAACUCUCGGAUGAUUUAUUGGAUCAAUUAAUUUGUAAGGGAGACACAUUGACGAUUAUGGAACUACGAGCGUGCAAUUUGAAUCGACAAAAAUGGGAUCAGAUAAAAGUAUCGUCGAUUGAGGAGGCCGUUCGUAAUGGCUCAAAGGAUGUAUUAGAACAUGUGCGAAUGUUGAACUUGACAGAAUUGUUGAAUCAAGUCGCAGUGGAGCAUGUUGAGUAUUCUUUGGAGAAGGGCCACUCUGGAGUUUUGAAACAAUUAGCUCAUGCCAACUAUCCAAAAUUUAAUGACAUUUCUCCACAAGUAUUGGCUAGUGUCGUGUUGAAGUCUCCUGCAUUGGAAUCCACUCUGAAAAAGGUUGGCUACUCCAAGUUAAACGAAGUCAAGUCUCUCAUGAAGAAAGCUAUUGAAGAAACGACAAGCACGACUCGAUCCAAAUCGCAGAAAAAGAAGAAGUAA